GAGGUAUCGUGCACUCAGUGCGCAAUGUGGAAAAUACUUUUUAAAAAGCCUUUAAAAGUUUUUGAAAGUUCUUUGACUCCUCCCCAAACAACCGCUUCAAUCUUCCUGUUUACAUGUUGCUUAGGAACUGAACCCAAACACGACGGCGCUGCUAGCACAUCAUUCUAGAAUACCUUGGCUUUUCCGCGAAUAUCAAUUCUUUACAACGUGAUAAAACUAAAUAAAAUACAACAAUGAGUAACCAUCGUCCAGAUUCAGCUUUAAAACUGAUCGAUGUUAGCAGAAACGAUGCAUUUCGAUCCUUCUCCCCAACGUCAUUGAGCAACAGGACAGUAAAUGAGCUUCAGGAGCAGCUUAGUGUUUUGAAGAGACAACUGGAGGAAAAAGAAGAACUAAUAUUGUCUCUUACUACUGGCAGAAAUGCAAGUAGACCUGAUUAUCAGAAGAAAGCACCUGAUUCUUUCCUGGACAUGCCUGUCACUCGGGAACACCUGAACCGUUAUCGCCUGGCGGCUGAGGCAAUCCGCAGUGAACUGGCCGCCCUGCAGGUCAAAUAUGAAUGUGCUAGCACCGAACUUCAGGAAGUUCAAUCCAGGCUGGCCUCCAGAGAGGCUUCGGUCCAUGAACUAAAAGGGGAGGUGGAGAGCUAUAAGGAGAACAAUGCCAGACAGUCCUCUCUGAUUAGCUCAUUGAGAAAGUGCGUUCAAGAGACGGAGCAAGAGACUGAAGCCAUUUCCUCUUCCAAGAACCGGGCAGAAAUAAGUCUGCACACUGUGUCCAAGGAGAACAGUGUGCUCAAGGAGAGAGUAGAGGAGCUGGAGGACAAGUUACGAAAGUACAUCAAUGAAUGGGAUGACACAAAGCAGCAAGCUUCCAGCAGUGAGAGGAAAUACAAGGAGUUUCUUGUUCAGCUUGCUAGCAGAAUGAAUGUUGACUGUAGAGGGAGAGAUGAUCCCCAGGACUUCAUAGUUUCCCAGCUUGACAAGUUGUAUAAUGAAAACACUCGACAGAAGUGCAGGAUUGCCAGCCUGGAGGAGACUGUCGCCACCCACGAGGUGGAGUCGAAAGCCAGCAGGGAGACUGUUAUGAGACUGGUCUCUGAGGUGGGCCGGGAGCAGAGAGCUGCUGCUUCCUUCACAAAGGAAGUGGAGUCUCUGCGCCAGGAGUUAGAAAAUACGAUACUAACCAAGCGAAGCCUGGAACGGGAAAACCGAGCCCUCCAGGAAAGGCUGGAGGCCAGUAGGCGUGCCUGGGAGGCCUCAAAACUUGAGCUGGGUACCCUGGAGAAGCAGUCCAAGGAGCUGGAUGGGAGUCUGCGCAGCAGUCUGUGUGAGGCCAAGUCCAGCCAGAGCCUGCUGCAGGCUUUCAAGGAGGAACUGGCAGAGUUGCUGAGUGGCCGCAGUGGGACAGUGCACCCCACAGAGGAGGCCAUCAAAGAGAGGAUCCGGGAGAUCUGCAUCAGCGGAGAGAGCCAGAAAGAGAGCCUUUCUCAGAUGGAGCUGAAGGCAUCUCGGCUGACUGACCAGUUGGCGAGGCAGACAGAGCUCCACGAGGCUGCACUGCAGAGAGCCAGACAGACCGAGGAGCAGCUGGGCGAGAUCCGGGAGAGGCUCAGUAGCAUGGAGGGAGAGCUGGUCUCCGGGGACGUGUUCCGGGAUGGCCUGAGCCAUGAAAAACAAAACUAUAUGCGAUUUCUGGACGAGCUCUCUGAGAAGAUGAAGCUGGACAGAGUGGUGCGUGAUCUCGGGUUUGACAUGAGGCUGGAUGCCAUCCAAUCCCGGGCUGAGCAACUGGUCAAACUAGAGAGUAAUGCCGUUGUUGAAAACAAGACUCUGGCACACAACUUGAACAGAAAGCUAAAGACUCAAAAGGAGCAGCUGGAGAGCAAGGAGCUACACAUGGAGCUGCUGAGGAAGAAGAUUGCCCAGCUGGAGGAAGAGAAGCGGAGCCGCACAGCGCUGGCGGUGGAGCGCGACGAGGCCAACCUCACCGUUAGGAAGCUGCAGAAGAAGGUGGAGAGGCUACAGAAGGAGCUCGACACCACCCGGCUCUUCAACACAGACCUCAAAUCCAAACUCUCUGAUACCAAUGAGCUCAAGUUUAAAACCUUGGAACAGAAUAAGACCAUUGAGGAAAUGAGUAAGAGUCUGGACAAGGUAGAGAAGGUGAAGGUGAAGAUGGAGAAGAGGCUGACCUCGGUGAAAUCAGCACUGGACUUCACUGAACACGAGGCACAAGAGGAGAGGCAGCGAACCCACAGUCUCCUGGAGGCUGUCACCAGCGAACUGGCAACCCUCAAACACACCAUGGGGGAGCUGGCCAAGAGGGAGAAACAGCUGGUGGACUUCCGUCAAGUAGUGUCUCGGAUGCUGGGCUUGAACGUCAGCACCCUGGCCCUCCCUGACUACGAGAUCAUCAAGCGUCUGGAGAAGCUGAUCCAGGGCCACCACUCCCACGGAGUGGCAUGUCUUUGCCUGGAUAACUCCCAGGAGCAACUCAGCCAGGAUUUCACAACCAGAUACAACCAUGCCAGGGGAACUCUGACCUCUCCUUCUGCUGCUGACAGAUUUCACAAUGCAGCCUCCUGAGGGCCCCAGAGGCUCGUGCUUAGGAAAUGCUGUCUAAUUCCUUUCACAGCAUAUCCUUUUUAUAUAUAGGUAGUUUAAUCAAGGCAUGUUAUACUGUUUUCUAUUUAGCAAUCUGGACAAUAAGAUUUGAUUUUGUUGUGUUUUGCUGUGCUGUCUCAAACCCUGUACAAAUAUAUUUCAACAAAUCUGUUGCAAGGGCCAAUGUAAUGCUUGUACUUUAGUAUAAAAACAGUAUGUUAUAUUAUUAAAAGCUGGGUGAUAUUAAGUGCCAAAAAGGUCUGUUGUCAUCUUAGAUUGGCUAUAAUCAUACCAUUGCCAAAGGUGACUCCUCCUGGUAAUUGAUGUCACUAUGGUUGUGAGCUUACAAAUAUCCACUCCUGCACUUGUAAAUUAUUGGAACCCAAGUAUGACUAGAAACAGGGAACUUGAUCUAAACAAAGGCAAAUCCUAAAACUAACAACCUUAAAUUAGUAAAUUUAAAUCUGUUGUAUUACAGAACUUUAACUUCAACAAUGUUCUUUGUGUUACUAAUUAAGUCGUGUAUGAACAAACAUAAAAUUCAGUUAAGUAUUGAUGUAUUAUUGCUUAUCAAGUGAUCAAAUAAUGAACACAUUCCACAGUAAUUCAUAUCAAAGCCUAACACAAAUUUGGGUUAUCAUGAACAAACGCUUAUUUUAUUAAAGACCACUGAAAAGGUAAAGUUCCAUAAAAUAUGCAAAUAAUGAACAAUGUUCCUGUGGAUAUUUAACAUGUGGAUAAUGCCUGUGUCUCCCUUACCUGGUUCUAUCUGCUCUUUCCAAACAGACACCCAGUACAUCUUCGUGGCUGGUUCUUUUUUAAUAUACCGGAAUAUAUAUGCAAAGCAUUAUUUAUCAGUGUAUGAACAACAGUAGAGUCACCUGAUUGUGAAUAUACAUUUAGUCAAAUUACUGGGUGAUCUCUUUGAAAAUCAAUACAAAUCAAAACAUUUAUCUUUUCAUUUCUUAAUGUUUUAUGUAUGAAAAAUGUACAGAUGUAUUACAAGGCCAUAUCCACACUUUGAGGAAUUAUUUUGUCAAGGUCCCAACAGUUUCGUAUACAUCUGUGACAUUUGCUCAAACAAAAUAAUGUACCCUUAAACUGUAUAUUAAGCUAAAUGUACAAAUAUUAACUGUGCAGCAAGAUAUAUUAUGGAACUCAGAAUUUAACAAAUAAAGAGACACACCUCUUUCAAAUCUAUUUUCAAUCAAUUUCCUGUUCUUAAUGUUGCAUUAGAAAACAUGUUUAUGGUUUCCAGAGAAAAUGAUGAAGUAAAGACUUUUACAUUGAUUCGGGUGUGGGUUUUUCCGAUGUUGCAUGAAUAGGUUUCUUCCUGCUUCAGUUUCCUUGAAAUACAACAUCCUCCCUCCUUAUAUUCCUGAAGCCCUUUUGGGUGGGAUGCAGUGAAAUUAUUUGAUCUCGCUACAGAAGUUCAAGGUCAGGGGAAAGUAGGAGUGUAUCUUUGUUGAGACGAGUGUUUUUGCAAGCAAAUUUUUAAAGCAAAUAAAAAA